AUGAAAAAUUUAAAGUUGUAUCGUUGUAAAAUAUUGACAGACAUUUAUGUCGAGAAUAAAGAACUUGAAGAAUAUUUGAAUAUACUAUAUUAUUUAGAUCAUUCAAAUAAAUAUUUUAUAGAUAAUUUAAAAAUUUUUAUUUUUGAUGAAUUUUAUAAUAUUGAAGAUGAUAAUGAAAAAGAAGGAAAAGAUAUAAAUCCAAAUGAUAAUUGCAUAAAUGAUAAAGAGGUUCAAAUAAAUAGUACAUCUGAAGAAAAGAAAUUGUUAAAUAAUAAAAUUUUAGAAUAUAAGAAAUCUUUUGAAAAUAAAAUGAUUUAUAAUAAAGUAAAUAAUGAGAUGAAAUAUUAUGAAAUAUUUAUUUUCUAUAAUAAUAAAUUCUAUGAGGAUAUAAUAUAUAAUUCUAUAGGUCUGGAAAUAUACGAAUGUCCAUGUAAUAUAAAUAAUAUGGAGCAUUCAAAAGAAAUAUUAAUAUUAUCAUCACAUGAUGAUAAUAAAAAUGUACAAGAUAUAAAAGCGGUACAUAAUGAAAAAUUUAUAGAUAAUGAAAAAUAUAUGAAUAAUAUGAAUGCAUACUGUCCUUAUAAUAACAAAACGGAAAAUAAAAAAAUAAAGAAAAUAUUAUCCUCUAUACAAAUAAAUGAUAUAAAUAAUUUCUCAGGUACCUUGUUAAAGUUUCCAAUGAAAAUCAAUAUUGAGAAAAAACAUAUGUGUGAUAAAAUAAUAAUGGCAACAAUUGAUUGUAUGUUAUUUAUGGAUAAUAUAAAAAAUAUUGAUAUUGAAAUGAAUGAUUCAUGUAUAUAUAAUUUUGAGAAAUCGAAAAAGUUAAUAAAUAUAUCAUCAUCUCAUUCAGAGGAAGAAAAUAUAGACUUAUGUAAAGAAAUUAGUUAUACAUCGGUUGAAUAUACACAUGAAGGGUUAUGCACAGAAUAUAUAUUAUAUAAUAAAAGUUUAAAUAAUGACAAUAAUAAGAAUGAUAAUGAUUUCUCUAAGAAUGACGAAAUAAUAUUUAUCUAUACAACAUCAGAUAUGUAUGAAAUACAAAAGUAUUAUGAUAAGAAAAAACAACACAUAGAAUUUAUUAAUCUUUUUAAUAAUAAUAUAUUUUUUAUAAAAUGUAUAGAUACUCUUCCUAUAUAUAUAAAAAGUUAUGAUAGCAACAUAAUAGAUAAGAUAAAAAAUAAUUUAUUUUCUUUAAAUACUAUAUCAGAAUUACUAUGUAAUGCAUAUAUAGUAUUUCUGCUGUUAUUACGUGAGUUAAAUAAAUUUAACAAUGUAUAUGAUUAUUCUUCUUAUUUUCCUCAAUUAUAUAUAUUAGAGCCUUCAAAAUUUGACAAAAUAUCAUUUUUAUUAUAUGACAAAUUAUUUGAUGAGGAAAAAAGAUUAAAAUUAUUUUUAAAUAAGUACAAUAUGCAAUGGUUACAUUUUAAUGAAUGUCUAUUUAUAUCGAGUCAGUUACAAUGUUUAUUUGAUGACAGUACAUUAUAUGAAAUAAUGAAAUAUUCACAAGUAAAAAAUAUUUUCUAUUUUGAUGAUAAAUUGAAACAUGCCUUAUAUUAUUACUUGAAUGAGUUAUUUGAACAAAAAAAAAAAAAUUAUAAUCUUAUUAUAAAAAUAGUGAGGAAGAGUUUAAGAUACAUUGAUGACAUUCCUGAUAAAUUGGUGAGUAUGUGUAAAAAUGAUAAUCAAGAAGAAAAAUUAAAAUAUAAUUUUGGUAAAAAAGGUACAAGUAAUAAUAAUAAUAAUAAUAAUAAUAAUAAUAAUAACAAUAGUGGUCAUAAUAAUACUAUUAAUAAUAGUAUUCAUAAUAAUCACUGUAAUAGUAAUAAUAAUGAUAUUUGUAUAUAUGGUGCAUUUCGUAAAAAUGAGAACAGAUUUUUUUUUGAUAUAAUUAUAGACAUUUUAAAAUAUAUGAAAUAUGAAAAAUGUUUAAAUAUAUUAUCUUAUAUGUUACAAUUGAACGAUGAAAGUAUUGAUAAUUGUCUUAGGAAUUAUUACUGUUUUCCAAAUGAAAUGAAAAAAUUAAAAAAAAUUGGUGAACUGAUUUAUCCUAUAGAUGAAGUUUAUUACUAUAAAUAUAAUCAAGAGACGUAUCCUAUAAAUAAUGAAGAAUAUAAAAUGAAUGAUAAUUUACAAUAUGAAAGAAAACAAAUGAGUGAUUAUAUUGAUAAGGAAAAUUUAAUAUCAAUAGAUUUUAUGAAUUUUAUAGGUAAAAAAAACUUAAACAAAUUAAAAGUUUUGGGUUUAAAAAUUAUUGAAGAAGAUUAUAAAUUUAACGAUAAUAUAAAUGAUAUAUUAUUUGAUUUGAAAAAAUUAUAUUCUAGUACAAAUAUAUAUGAAAAUAAAUUGAAAAUAUUAAAUAAAAUUAUAUCACGAAUGGAAAAAAAUAUACAUUAUUUGAAAGAUUCCCAUCAUAUAUUAGAAAAAUUAAAGGAUACAUUUUUUUUACCUGUGUAUAAAAAUAAAACAUUGAAUAUAGAUAAUCAAGUAAAUAUGAAAACAACAAAAGAUAAUGUAACCAAUCUGAUCGGAUCUGAAAAGGGUUUGUGUCAUGAUAAAAUGAUAAUAAAAAUAGAUGAUUAUCAUAUGAUACAGGAUGAUAUAACAAAUGAUCAUAUGGUAAAUGACCAUAUAGAAAAUGAUGAUAUAACAAAUGAUGAUAUAACACAUGGUAAUAUAAAAAAUAAUGAUUUGGUAAAUGUUAAUACAGUAAAUGAUGAUGUAACAAAUGAUGAUGUAACAAAUGAUGAUAUAAAAAAUGAUGAUGUAACAAAUGAUGAUAUAAAAAAUGAUGAUAUAAAAAAUGAUGAUAUAAAAAAUGAUGAUAUAAAAAAGGAUGAUAUAAAAAAUAAUGAUAUAAAAAAUGAUGAUAUAAAAAAUAAUGAUUUAACACAUAAUAAUAUAUUAAACAAUGAUACUACUAAUUAUAAUUUUAAUAAUUAUAUGUAUGAGGAUAGUGAAUAUAAUUGCUCCUAUAAUAAUAAUUAUUCUGAAAAAAUAUGUACUGAUGUGUAUAAUAGUACACCAAAUUUUUUAAUAACAAAUAAUAAUCUAAAGAAUCUUGUACACAUAUCACCAACCUUUAGUAAUAAAUCUAUAAUAAAUAAUAAUAGUAAUAAUAAUAUAAGAAAUUGUUAUAUUCCAUCGUCUUCCUUAUUAAAUAAUAAAAAUAAAAAUAAUGGUUACAAUAAUUUUGUUAAAAUUGCUGAUUCGUAUGAUAUGAAAUAUUAUAAUUUAUUAUUUUUAAUAAAAAAAUGUUAUAGCACAGAAAAUAUAGUUAUGUCUUCAGAACUGUGUGAGCUUUUAGAUAUAUAUAGAAAACCAUCGAUAAAAGAUAUAUUAUCUCAUAUGAAUUUAUUAAUACGAAACUUUAAAAAUAAUUAUAUGCAAAAUAUGUUUAAGGUAUAUGAUUAUAUAUACGAAUAUUUUGAAAAUUAUAUUUUAGAAAAUAAAUUAAAUGGGAACAUUUCAACCAUUUUAAAAAAUAACAAAGACUCCCCAAAGAAUAAUAUUAAUAGUAAUAAUAUUGAUAGUAAUAAUAUUAAUAGUAGUCAUAUUAAUAGUAGUCAUAUUAAUAGUAGUCAUAUUAAUAGUAAUAAUAUUAAUAGUAGUCAUAUUAAUAGUAGUCAUAUUAAUAGUAAUAGUCAAGCACAAAAUACGAUAUUCUCAAAUUUAUCCAGUGGGAUUUAUAUAGAAGAAUUACAAAUCGAAGAGCAUGAAACAUUUAUACACUUUUUACAAAAUAAUAAUUAUUUAUAUAUUAAAAAUAAACUAUGGAACCCUAAAGAUGUAUAUUAUCAUUUAAAAAAUGUAUCCUUUAAUAUUUUUCUUUGUGAUUUACCGAAAUUAUAUAAAAUAAAAUAUCCAAAUAUGUUGAAAUUAAGUGGUAUACAAACGAAAUUAUUUCAUUCCAAAAUAAUCUCUAUAUUGAAUAAAAUAAAAAAUAAAGUAGAAAUGAAAUAUAAGAAAAUGGUUGAAUGUAAUAAGCUUGAUAAGAAGACUAAUAAAUUAUGUAAGAAACAGUUCAAUAAUAAUUAUCCUAAUUAUAUAACACAUAAUCAAAAUAUAAAUGAAAAAAAAGACCAAGUAUUGUUACAGCUAACUGGACUCUUAAGAAUGUCAUAUAUGAAUACAAUAAAUUUAAUUGAUUCUUCAAUAUGUGAUAAUAUUAUUGAUACAGAUCAUAUGAACAAAGAUGAAUUAGAAUAUAAUGAAGAAAAUAAUAUUUCUAGUGGAACUAAAAAAGGUAAUUUGAGUACAGAAAAAAAGAAAUUGACAUGCAAAUGUUUUGAUAAUAUAUAUUUACCAAAUAAUAAAUAUAUUUUAAUAAAAAAGCAAGAAUGUAUAUAUAUUAAAAAAGCUACAUCUCACCAUAACAACAAUAUAAACAAUAUUAACCAUAUUAACAAUAUUAACAAUAUUAAUUAUGUACGAAAUGAUGAUAAUAUUGUACAUAAGGAUAUAAAGGAAUGUAUAAUUCAUUUGUUAGAUAUAACAAAAGCUCAAAAAGAAAUGAAACAAAAUAAACAAAAUAAACAAAAUGAACAAAAUAAACAAAAUGAACAAAAUAUUAACCAUCAACCAAAUACAACAUACAAUGUUAAUAGUAAUGAUAAUAAUAACAAUAAUAAUAAAAAACAUAUUAAUAGUUUAAAUAAUAAAAAAUGUGCUAAAAUUAUUAAGAACAAAAUCGAAAUUUUUAAAAAGAAUCAAGAAUUAUCUUUUAAAAAAAUCAAUCAAUAUAACAUAAAAUCAUCAGGAGAAAAGAUUAAAAGUCAAGCAUUAAACAAAGUCAACACAUUGACUGAUAGCAUCAAUAAAAAAAAAAAUAAGGAUACGGAUCCUAGUUUAAUACGUUAUAAUGAGAGAAAAAAAGAAACUUCAGAAAUUAAAAAAAAGAAAAUUCCUCUGCCUAUAAAGAAAAAUGAAAAAUUAAAUUUAUCAUCUUUACAAAGUUGUAAAAAUGAUAUUAUAAAAAAGAAAAAUAGAAUUAAUGAUUAUAAUGGUAAUAUAAAUAAUCAAGCAUGUUCAUUAUCUGGAAAGAAGAUAAGAAAAAAAGUGUAUUCCAUUGAGAAUAUUAGCACUCAUAAAAAAGUCGAAAAACAAAGAAACGAAUUAAACGAAACAAGAUUAUUUAAGGAUAUAAAGAAUUUAAUAUAUUUUUUAGAUGAUAUAGGUUGUUUUGAUAUAAAAUUUAUUUUAGAUAAGAGAAUUUUUAAUAAUACAUAUGAAGAUAUACCAAAAAGGUUUUUAAAAAGAGCAUGUCUACAUUUAUAUAUAAAAUUUAAGAAAGAAAUAUAUACAAACUUGUUAAUUAAUAAAAAUGAAAUGAAUAAAUAUAUGAAUAUAUAUAACUUUUCAAAUAUGAAAACAUAUACAUGUGAUGAAAGUAAUAUAUCAGAAUCUUUAAAAUCUUGUAAUGAUUUAAUUUGUUUAUAUUUAUUCAAACAUUUUUCAUAUAUUUUAGAUUAUUUGUUACUAUUAAAUGGAAAUAAUAUAUCCGAAUGGUAUAGGCUCAAGAAAGAAGAAUGUAAAAACCAUAAUAUAAAAGAAAAGAAUUUUACAGAUAUUCUGAAGGAAAACGAUAUAAAUGAAAAAGAUGAACAAACUAAUAGUCAUCAUUUUAUUUCAACUGAGGAAAAUCAAAUAUAUAAACAAGUGGAUAAUAAAAAUACAUCUCAAAUUAUGGAUACUAAGAUACAGGAUUGUGAAGAGAAAUAUGUUAUAUAUAAAAGAAAAAAUAUAUCGUUAAAUGAAAAAGAUAAAAUAUUGAUGAAAAAUAUUUUACUUUAUGAUCGUUUUGAUAAUAUUGGUAAGGUUAGAAAAUCAAAACUUAAUUUAUCCUCUAGAAAAAAUAGAAAUAAUAAUAUAGUUGUUAAGGAAAGGAAUCAAAAUAGGGGGAAAAAAAAGGAAGCAAUAAAAAUGAAAAUAUUAGAUGAUAAUAUUAUAGAAAUGAAUCAGGAUCCAAAUAUAAGGAAUAAUGAAAAAAUGAAUGAAAGUGAAAAUAUGAAUUCAAAUGAUGAACAAAUAAAUGAUAUUUCCAAUUUUAAAAACGAGAAAAAAAAUAUAAAUGAAGAAGAAAAUAAUGAUGAAAAGAUCAUAUGCAUACGUAUGUAUAAUAAGAACAAAUUACCUUUAUUAAAAAUUGUAGAAAAGGCAUUUUUGGAGUGUAAAAAAUUUAAUGAGAACUUUCUAAUUUUUUCAAAAAAUAUUAUAAAAAUUGAUUUUAUAAAAAUAUUUGAAAAGGAUGAACGUGCAGAAAUAAUAACCAAUUUAGGAAUUAGUAUGUCUGAGAAUCAUUUUUAUUUAAGACAAAAAUUUUAUAACUCAGUUAAAAGUUUAUAUCCAAGUAAUUUAAGUGGCGCAGGAGAUAAUAUAAAUGUAAAUAAUAAUGAUGAUAAAAAUGAUAGCAACAAAAAUAUAAAUAGUAAUAAUAAUAGUAAUAGUAAUAAUAAUAGUAAUAGUAAUUGUAGUAUUAGUUAUAAUAAUAAUCAUAAUGAAAAUUAUAAUAACGAUUCAUUAAAUACGAAAGAACAAAAAUUAGAAAUAUUUUUACAAUGUCAAAUAUAUAAUGGUAAUAAAUCAAGCAGGUGGAUUAUAGGAUUAUUAGAGAACACUUGUAUUUCUAUAUGUUUUGAACAUUAUCAAAUAUUUAGAAAAUAUUAUCUAUUUCAUAAUUUAAAUAUUAUAUCAAAUAUAGAAAGCUUACCUAUGCAUAUUAAAAUAAACGUUUCUAAUAAUAACUUUUCUAAUUUGAAAAAAACAUUUAAGGAUAAUGAAAAUGUGUCAUGUAUAGUUAAGAAUGUUUCCAUUUUAUAUAUCCAUUUCCUGAAAUUAGCUUAUCGAAAUACAGUAAAAAAAAUAUUAAAACAUGAUACAAGCAAAAUAUUAUAUAAACAUAAAGAUAAAUGGAUUAAAAAGAAGAAAACUAAUAUAGGCAAAAAUAAUAAUAACAAUGAAUUAAGUACUAUAAGUCAAUGUAUAGGAUAUAAAAAUUGUUCUUAUAAUAAUAAUAAUGAUAAUGAUAUAAAAAAAAAUAAUUAUAUAUAUAAAAUUGAUAAAUGCGAUAUAAAAGAUUUUAACGAAAUCUAUAAAAUUAUUAAGAAUAAAUAUCUUAAUUUUGCACCUAAAAAAUAUCAUAAAGAUGAUUUGUUUUAUAAUGUUGUUAAAAAUGUGGUUCUAAAUUGUUAUGAACUUCAAAUAUUACCAUGUCUUCAAAAAAAAGAUACCUUAUAUGCAUUAUAUUGGGAUAAUAUAUACGAUUGUAUUAAUAUAUAUCCAUUUUGUAAAUAUGUUAAUCAUAUAACAUUCUUUUUAUUAGAUCUUGGACUAAAGGUUCUUUUACCUUAUUAUGAAAUAGAUAAUCUUAUACAUAUUCAUAAAUUAGUUAGGUCAUCAUUAAAUGAAACAAAUCAUUUAAAUAACAAAAAUUUGAAAGAUAGUAAAACUCAAAUAAAUCAUGAUAUAAAGAAUGGAUUUACUUUUUCAAAAGAUAUAUAUAAUAAUAACGCCUUCUGUUCAUCUAUUCAUAUGCUUAACAAUGAAAAUGUAAUUAGGAAUGUACCUAAUAUUAGUCCAUCUUAUUUAAGAAACAAAAUAAAAAAUCAUAUAUCAAUAUAUGUAUGUUUUGUAAAAGAAUGUUUAUGUGAAAUGAGAGGUUCUUCAGUUAUGUAUUUAUUUGAUUACCUUUUUUCAGAUAUUAAAAAAAAUGAUUCAAAAGAUACCAUAAAAAAUAUAUAUAUAAAAAAUAUCCCUCUUUUUGCUAUCCUAAAUUGUGAUAUAUUAUAUUUGAAGGGGAAAAUACAAAGUUAUUUGUAUGAUAAAUUGGGAAGGAUAAAGAAGGACUACCUUAUUAAAAAUAUGUUUGAACAAAAUGAAAGUAAAUAUGAUGAUAAUGGAAGUAAAUAUGAUGAUAAUGGAAGUAAAUAUGAUGAUAAUGGAAGUAAAUAUGAAUAUAAUGUAAGUAAAUAUGAUGAUAAUGUAAGUAAAUAUGAUGAUAAUGGAAGUAAAUAUGAAAAUAAUGGAAGUAAAUAUGAUGAUAAUGGAAGUAAAUAUGAAAAUAAUGGAAGUAAAUAUGAAAAUAAUGGAAGUAAAUAUGAAAAUAAUGGAAGUAAAUAUGAAAAUAAUGGAAGUAAAUAUGAAAAUAAUGGAAGUAAAUAUGAAAAUAAUGGAAGUAAAUAUGAAGAUAAUGGAAGUAAAUAUAAUAAAUCCUUUGAUCAAAAAAUUGAUGAAAUGGAUUAUUAUAAUGGAUAUACCAUAUAUACUAAAAAUAAUAACAGUAAUAAUAAUAAUAUUGAUAUUAAUAACACUUAUAUUAUUAAUAAUAAGAGUAAUAAUAAUGACAACUUAAUAAAUGUAAAAAGAGAAGUGAAUAUUAUAUCUGCAGCUGCAUAUAAUUCUCAUGAUGACAUUCAUUUUGAUUAUAUAAAAACUUAUAAUAUUGAUAAUAAGAAUUAUUUAAAUUAUGUUUUUGAUCCAAGAAAUAAUAGAAAUAUAUCAUUAUUUUGUGAUGAUUUUGUUAAAAUAAAAUUAAAUCAUUUUGAUACCGAAAAUUUUUUAAAUUUUGAUAAUAUUCAUUUAAUUAAGUAUGAUGAAGAUCAAAAAAUAUAUUGUUCUAAAUAUUUCUAUAUGUUUGAUUUAAGUAAAGUUAUGUUUAUAAAUACACAUUUAUACUCUUCCUCCAUACUUUCCUUAUUAAUUGAAACAGAAUGUAUUUUAAAAUUGACCUUUACAAAUUUAAUCGAUAUUUUAGAAUAUAAUCUUUAUCCAAAUAUUUUUCAUUACUGUUCAACAUAUAAAAUCAAGAAUAAAGAAAAUAAUAAUAAAAUUAGUGAUAAUGCUAAAAGUACAAAUGCUACAUUUUUAAAUGAUUAUGAUCAUAGUAACAUAACAAAGGAGUUGGAUGUAAAACAUAUUAAUACGUUAAAAAUUAACUUUAAUGAAAAUAUUAAUAAUGCAUAUGAUUACAAUAACAAAAUAGAAGAAGAAAUAGAAUAUUUUAAAAAAAUUUCCAUAUAUGAUAAUAUGAUGAAAAUACCAUAUGAUAUAAAUAUUAUUAUAUAUAAUAGGCUCUUAUUAGAUAUGGUAAAUAAUAUAUAUAAAGAAUACAGUGAUAUGAAUUUUUUAGAACAAUUGAAAGAUUUUCGUUUAUUAAUAACUAUUGAUACACUUAAUAAUAAUGAGAACCCAAGAUAUAUGUAUAUACAUAAUAUAAAUGAUAUAAAGAAUAUCAUAAAUAUAAAUUUCAUUGAUACAAAUGUUGAGGAAGUGUUAUAUUCAAUAGGGUAUAAGAAAAUACAUAAUAGUUUAUCAAAUGAUAGUAUUUUUAACCAAUAUUUUUUAAAUAAUUAUGAAGAUAUAUUAUUAUCCUUAUAUAGAAAUAUGUCAAAUAUUAAUUGGUCUGAUUUAAACAAUACUCAUAUACAUACACUCCUUUUUGCUUUCUUAUCUAACAUUAAAUUUAAUAGUAAUAAUAUUUCAUAUUUGAAACCUUUACCCAUAUUUCAUUCAUUAAUUGAUUCUCAAUUUGUAAAUAUUAUUAGUAAGCAUAAAAACUAUAUUGUUAUUGGAACAAAUUAUGAAGAUUUAUUUUUGAGUAUUAUAACUCAAAUAUUUCAGAAGGAUAACCAUUAUAAUGAAGAUAAUAUGUUAUUUCAACGUGAUAAUACAUAUCAACCUAUUAAAAAAAACUAUAUGAAUAAAUAUUACAUAAAUAAUAGUACAUCAAAUGGUAAGAAUGUACAAGAUAACAAUAACAUACCUGCUGUUUUAAGCAAUAUGAAUAUGGGAAAUCAAAAUGUAGAUGAAAUUAAGAAAAAUGAUAAUCAUAUGUACGAUGAUCAUUUUAAUUAUAAUAUUAUCUCAUCAAGAAUUCCGAAAAAUGAAAAAACAAAUUCAUAUAUUUUAAACUCUAAUGAAGAAAUAAAUUCAACAUUAAUAGAUAAUUCAUAUAAUAUAAUAACUAAUAUUAUGAAUAGUAAUUCUAAUAAUGAUAAUAUAUAUAAUAUCAUAAUGCCAAAUACUGAUGAACAUAAAUUGAACUCUAAAUAUAUUUUUCUCCAUCAUUCAAAUAUUAAUAUGGAUUAUUGGAAAUAUAUAAAUAUAAAAUACUGGUAUGAUUAUGAUAUUAUUUUGUAUUUCUUUUUAAAUCUUUUAAAAAAUUGUAACAAUGGUCACCUAUUUGAGAAUAUCAUACUUUUUAUAUAUAAGGAAUAUGAAAGAAUAUAUAAAAAGAGAUUUGUUGAAAAUGAUACGAGUAGUAACCAAUUAAAUAAUAAGGAUAUUAUGAAUGAUACAAAUAAUAUGAAUGAUACAAAUAAUAUAAAUAAUAUGAAUGAUACAAAUAAUAUCAACAAUAUGAAUAAUAUGAAUAAUAUAAAGAAUUCCAUUCAUUCAGAAAUACCUUACACAGAUUUUUUAAUAAACAUUAUUUCCGAAUUAAAAGAAAUUCCUUUAAAAUUUAAAGGAAAUUUAAAAUGUUCUCAACUUUACAACUUUAAUAAUGAUGUGUAUAGAGAAUUUAUUUAUAUAAACAAAUUAUAUAAUUUUUCAAAGUUACAAAAUGUUCCCUAUGAACAGAAAUUUUUAGAGAGUUUAAAUUUUCAUUACAUACCUAACAUUAUGGAAAUAAAUAAUUUCCUCUUAAUUUUAAUUAAUAUAUUAAAACAAAAAGGUAAUAAUAUAAUGGAUAAAUCAUCUAUGGAAAUGAUUUUCAACAAUAUAAAUCUUGAUUUUAGUAGAUAUGAUACAAAUUAUGAGGAAGAAUAUUUAAAUCGAAAGAUGUCAGUACUUUUAAAAUAUAUUAACGAAAAUCUGAAACACCUACUAUCACUGCAGGAUGAAAAUUUUACUUAUUUAAUAAAUUCUCUUAUAGGAUUAUUAAUGCAUGAUCAAAAGUUUGUAGAAAUAAUUAAAACUUACGAUAUUCUAAUUAUAUAUUAUACCCAAAGGGAUAAAGAAAUAGGAGAUAUUAUUAAUAACAGGAACAAAAGCAAAGAAAUAAAUGAAACUACUAAUGAUGGUGACAAGGAUUUUAUAAAUGUCAAAAGUGAAUAUAUGUAUGAAAAGAAACCAAAUAUAAAUGAUAUUUUUAAAGAAUAA